CAGAUGUCUUAUGCUGGCAGGCACUGGGCAGGCAAUGAGUUCUUUCCCUGGAAGUUGGGCACAAAAAGACCGGCAUGGGAGCAGCCUGUUUUGGGACAGCUGCUCUGAGACAAUGCAGUAAGCAAGGCAGAAAUUCCUCCGAGCAGAGGGUGACUCGUGGGAGGAGUUCAGUUUGCUAAGUAUUGUCAUUUGCUGAGAGUAGGUGUGUGCUCCAGAAGGAGUCUUAACCUGGAGGAUCAUUAACUCUUUCUAUCAGCUGGUGAGUUGCGGUGGCUCGGCAAGUUGGUCCUGGAGGCUCCUGCUCAGGAAGGCCAGGGAGGAGGAGUGGAAUCACUUUUUCAUGGGGGACCAGUUUGAGAAGGGCCAGCAUGCUCUGCUCAAUGAAGGAGAAGAGAAUGAGAUGGAGAUAUUUGGCUACCGGACUCAAGGCUGCCGGAAAACUCUCUGUCUUGCUGGAUCCAUCUUCUCCUUUGGGAUCCUCCCUUUGGUGUUUUACUGGAGACCCGCUUGGCACGUGUGGGCAAAUUGUGUGCCGUGUUCCUUGCAAGAGGCAGACGUCGUGUUGCUGAAGACAACAGAUGAAUUCCAAACUUACUCAUGGAAAAAGAUAAUGUGGAUCUACCUGUCAUCAUUAAACGGCGCAUCUGGUGUCACUCCUGACCACCCUCUCAUUACAGAUGAGGAGUACGUCAUAAAUAGAGCCAUCAGAAAGCCAGACCUAAAGGUGAGAUGCAUAAAAGUGCAGAAAAUAAGAUAUGUUUGGAACAACUUAGAAGGACAGUUCCAAAAAAUUGGCUGUUUGGAAGACUGGCUCAGUUCUGCCAAGAUACACCUAAAAUUUGGAUCAGGUCUAACAAAAGAAGAACAAGAGAUUAGGAGGCUAAUAUGUGGGCCUAACACUAUUGAUGUUGAAAUCACACCAAUUUGGAAACUACUCAUCAAGGAGGUUUUAAAUCCGUUUUACAUAUUUCAACUCUUCAGUGUCUGUUUGUGGUUUAGUGAAGACUAUAAGGAAUAUGCUUUUGCCAUCAUAAUCAUGUCUAUCAUGUCCAUAGCUUUGACGGUGUAUGAUCUCAGAGAGCAAUCUAUAAAACUCCACCGUCUAGUUGAGUCACAUAAUAGCAUUACAGUCUCUGUAUUUGUGAGAAAAGCAGGAGUCCAAGAGCUGGAAUCACGUUUCCUGGUACCUGGAGAUUUAUUAGUUUUGACGGGGAACAAAGUACAAAUGCCAUGCGAUGCCAUCCUGAUUGACGGCAGCUGUGUGGUAGAUGAAGGCAUGCUGACAGGAGAAAGUAUUCCAGUGACUAAAACUCCAUUACCCAAACUGGAGAGCUCUGAGCCCUGGAAAACACAGAGUGAAGCAGACUAUAAACGACAUGUCCUCUUCUGUGGGACAGAGGUUAUCCAAGCCAAGGGAGGGUGCUCUGGGACCGUGAGAGCAGUGGUGCUGCAGACUGGAUUCAACACUGCAAAAGGGGACCUCGUGAGAUCCAUUCUCUACCCAAAGCCAAUGAAUUUUAAGCUCUACAGGGAUGCCAUCAGGUUCCUCCUGUGCCUUGUGGGGACAGCAACCAUUGGGAUGAUCUAUACUUUGUGCGUCUAUGUGCUCAGCGGGGAACCUCCCGAGGAGAUAGUGAAGAAAGCCCUCGAUGUCAUCACAAUUGCAGUUCCUCCUGCCCUGCCUGCUGCUCUGACUACGGGCAUUAUCUAUGCCCAGAGGAGGCUGAAGAAGAGAGGCAUCUUUUGCAUCAGUCCCCAGAGGAUCAAUGUAUGUGGACAGUUAAACCUUGUCUGCUUUGACAAGACAGGCACCUUAACAAGGGAUGGUUUGGAUCUCUGGGGAGUCCUGCCCUGCGAUAGGAGCGGCUUUCAGGAAGUCCACAGCUUUGCCUCAGGGACGUCUUUGCCGUGGGGCCCUCUGUGUGCGGCCAUGGCCAGCUGCCACUCUCUGAUCCUUCUUGAUGGGACCAUCCAGGGAGAUCCUCUGGAUCUCAAGAUGUUUGAAGCCACCACCUGGGAGAUGGCUAUUUCUGAGGACGGUUUCCACAUCAAGGGAGUGCCAGCACAUGCCAUGGUAGUUAAGCCCUGCGAAACAGCCAGCCAGGUCCCGGUGGAAGGAAUUGCAAUCCUGCAUCAGUUCCCAUUCUCAUCAGCACUGCAGAGGAUGACAGUCAUUGCCCAAGAGAUAGGGGGUGACCGGCUGGCAUUCAUGAAAGGUGCACCAGAAAGGGUGGCCAGCUUUUGCCAACCUGAGACAGUACCAACUAGUUUUGCUAGCGAACUUCAGAUUUACACAACACAGGGCUUCCGAGUCAUAGCCCUGGCAUAUAAGAAGCUGGAAAUGGAUCAUCACACCACCUCCUUGACAAGGGACAAAGUAGAAUCAGAUCUGAUAUUUCUGGGAUUGCUAAUCUUGGAGAAUCGGUUGAAGGACGAGACAAAACCUGUUCUGGAAGAGCUCAUCUCAGCCCGGAUAAGGACUGUAAUGGUCACAGGUGACAAUCUUCAAACUGCAAUAACAGUGGCUAGAAAGUCUGGAAUGGUUUCUGAAAGCCAAAAAGUCAUUCUCAUUGAAGCGAAUGAAACCACUGGAUCCUCAUCAGCAUCUAUAUCUUGGAAAUUAGUAGAAAAUAAGAAACACAUUUCAUACAGCAAUCAGGAUAAUUACAUUAAUAUCAGGGAAGAAGUCUCUGAUAAUGGCAAAGAAGGAAGUUACCACUUUGCCUUAAGUGGAAAAUCCUUUCAGGUUAUAAGUCAACAUUUCAGCAGCCUACUGCCAAAGAUACUGAUCAAUGGGACCAUCUUUGCAAGAAUGUCUCCUGGGCAGAAAUCCAGUCUGGUGGAAGAAUUUCAGAAACUGGAUUACUUCGUAGGUAUGUGCGGUGACGGGGCCAAUGACUGUGGGGCUUUGAAAAUGGCUCACGUGGGCAUCUCGUUAUCAGAGCAGGAGGCAUCUGUGGCCUCACCGUUCACUUCAAAAACUCCAAACAUUGAGUGUGUACCUCACCUUAUCAAGGAAGGACGCGCAGCUCUCGUCACCUCAUUCUGCAUGUUUAAGUACAUGGCUCUGUACAGCAUGAUUCAGUAUGUUGGUGUUCUGCUGCUCUACUGGGAGACAAACAGCCUUUCAAAUUACCAGUUUCUGUUCCAGGAUCUGGCCAUCACAACUCUUAUUGGCAUAACAAUGAAUUUGAAUGGUGCCUACCCCAAGCUGGUGCCUUUCAGGCCUGCAGGACGGCUGAUCUCUCCACCUCUGCUGCUUUCUGUGAUUUUCAACAUUCUUCUCAGCCUGGCUAUGCACAUUGUGGGCUUCAUUCUGGUUCAGAGGCAGCCUUGGUAUUCCAUGGAGAUGCACAGUGCCUGCAUACUGCAAAAUGAAAGUAUCUCAAAGUUAACUAUUUCUCCAACUGCUCCAGGAAAAAUUGGAAAUAAUGGUGCCUUCACAAGCUAUGAGAACACUACCAUAUGGUUCUUGGGAACAAUCAACUGUAUCAUUGUGGCUCUUAUUUUCUCUAAAGGAAAACCAUUUAGGCAGCCCAUCUAUACAAACUAUAUAUUUGUCCUUGUGCUGGUCAUACAGCUGAGUGUGUGUCUAUUCAUUCUAUUUGCUGAUAUUCCAGAAUUAUAUAGGCGUUUGGAUCUGCUCUGCACUCCUGUUGUGUGGAGGCUCUACAUCAUCAUUAUGCUCAGCUCCAAUUUCAUUGUGUCCCUUGUUGUGGAGGAGGCCAUCAUUGAAAACCGAGCCCUGUGGAUGUCAUUCAAAAGGUGUUUCGGUUAUCAAUCAAAAAGCCAAUAUCGGAUAUUGCAGAGGACCUUGGCAAAUGACCCUAGUUGGCCGCUGCUAAACCAAAUGUCCUACUCUGACACGCCAGGGUGUGAAAGUGGAGUGUCUUACAGCAAUCCAGUAUUUGAGAGCAAUGAGGAACAACUCUGAAGCCAGCGUGAUAUCGAAGUUGACAAACAAACAAUGACAUAAGGAAUGAGUUUCAGUGAUUUUCAAGCAAAUAGACUCUUCUAAAAUCAACGGAGUUUUUGGAAUCAAAAACCCUAUCCAAUCGUGGUGGCAAAUUAGAGUCUACUUGAUAAAAUACUUUCUACAGAGCAGAACACUGCCCCAGAAGAGUGCUUUCCUCUUGGCUUCUGAAAAUACUGAUGGUGUUAGUGAAAUAAGAAUGGGCCAAGGAUGGCAAUUGACCAAGAGCCUGAGAGGCUAAAGGACAAGAAGAAUAUAUAAUCUUUCUUCUUAGAUAACAUAUUUUUUAAAUGAAUUGUGAGAAAAUAGCACUAUGUGUAGUCAUAGUGAAGGAUCAUUUUUGAAUUUGUAUUUUAUUGGUGGAAAAACAAAUGCAUGGGAACCAUCACACCAAUCUUCACUGUUUGGUUUCCUUUCCUUUAUAGUACAUUCAGGGUUGAGACAUUUUCUUCUGCUUCUGGCUUUCCCCUAUGUACUAGUAAGGAUGGGCAAAGCUGAUGCUGCAAUAACAAACCACUCCCUUGUCUCAGUGGCUUACCACACAAGAGUUUCUUUUGUGGUCCAGGUGAUUCUAUCGACUAGCUCUCCUCCGAGUGGUGACUGCUUCAAUCUGUCAGUCCCACUGACUGAAAACAAGGAUUCCAUGUUUACUGUGAUGGGGAAGGAAGAGUCUGGAGAUCACACAAGGGCUUUCCACUGCCUCAUCCCAAAAGAGGCAUGCAUCUCUUCCACUACUCACAUCUUAUUCAUCAGUGACUUGGCAAAGUAGCUGAACAGUACAGUCUGAGUUUAGAGCUGGUUUCAUGGGCAUAUGACCUGUGCCAUCACCUAGGGGGCCAUGCUUAGAAGAGACCCACACUCAUUUUAAUGCUUUGCUGUUGCCAUCUUGAAAUUCUUAAUUUUUGAACAGAGGUCCCCACAUUUUCAUUUUGCACUCAGCCCCACAAAUUAUGUAGUUUAUCCAACUUGUGUUCCAGAAAUACUGACACUGUUCUCUGAGCUCUGCAUCUCUUGCUCCUGUGAGCCUCUCCUGUUUUAGGAACUCCACAUCUCACUUGUCCAACUCGAGGUAUUUCCACUCCUCUGCUCUAUUAUUUUGGAGAAAAGAUAGUCUUGUGCUACAACAUUGUAUGUUAUCAUUGAUGUUAAGUCCCUACAUAAUUUACACAUUUCUUAAAUCUGAGGCUUCAGUUUUCAGAAAAUAAAAAUUGCCCUUAUUUUAUCACUAUUAUAAUUUUAUUAUAUUAGAUUAAUUUGGCAUAGAAAACACCCAGGUUUCUGUUAGCUCAGCAGACAACUCUGAAUUCUAGGAUAAAAUACACAAAUAAUAUUUUAAAGCAAAAGCAGAAUUUUCACUACAAAAAUCAAAUCCUAAGUGAAUGUUCUAGGUAGUGGGUGGGUCUCAGGCUAGCUUUGUUACUUAUCAAUAGCAUCUACAAGUAUUCCCUCCCCUGGCGAAUUCCUGAGCAUGGUUGGAGGCUCUGUGGCUAUAGAUAAUUCUGAGAACAUGAUGUUUCUCAGCCAUGAAAGUACCUUGUUGCUUCUGGUUUUAAAAUAGGGUGUGAAGAAUCACUUAAAUAGUCAGAAUGAUUGUCUUCCUUGGUCCAGAAGGAAAUGUUUCCUUUUAAAAGUUAGCCUCAGCAGUGAUAUGGUUGCCCUGAAUGUCUUUUUCUAGGACUUAUAGCUUACUCAUUUUUUAAGAGUGGAGGGUUGUGGACAGGGCAAGCUGGAGAUGGUCUACAACCUAGUGAUGGGCAAGAGCAACAUGUGCAGUCAUAUCUAGAAGAACUCCUUACCAGGUGCUGUCACCUCCGUUAGCUCAUUUGAAUUGCAUGAUUCUCAGGACUUAGGCAAGGAAGGACUUAUCAUCUACUUUUACAGGUGAGAAAACUGAGAUUCAGAAUAAGGCAAGCUGACCCAGGCCUCAGACACAGAUCUUCUGAGCAAACCUUCUGUUGUUUCCAAAUACCUCCUAAUUACAAAGCUUCAGCAGGGCAGGGUGUUUGGGGUGAUCUCACAGUCAAACAAAGAAUGAGUUUCUUAUUUGCCAGGUGGAAUGAGGCAACCUGUUGCUAAUACCAGGGCCUGAUGUUCAAAUAAAUGCCAGGAAUCCUGCCAGGCUUGGGAUGCAAGUAUAUUCCAAACAAAACAAAACUAAAACCUAUGAGUGUCUAUUGAGACUCUGAGUUGCUCUUGCCUUGGUCCUAAGUGAUUCAAUUGGGGAUUGAAUCUAAAAUCUUUGUCAAAAGGGAUUUAUUCUGAAGACUGUACUUGAAAUAAACUAUCUCUUAGAGGUAGUGAGAAAAUGCUUAACUUGGAAAAGCAAGGCUGACAGGGUGUAGUCAAGGGAUGUAAAAGUUGUUUUCAAAUACUUGAAGGGUUUCCGUGGGAGAGAAGGCUCCCACCUGUGCCAGGUGGCAUGAUCACUGGGUAAAGGGCAUGGUGAGAAUGGCUUCAGUCUAACACAAAGACCACUGUCCCAACAGAAAUGGAAUCUGGUGACCUCAUGAGGUGUGUGCUCCAUGGCAUUGGAGGUACAAGUGGAUAUCCAAAGACAAAUUAAAGAUGGAAGUCAAGUAUCAGAUGGAAUUUAAUUACCUGCAAGCUACCUUCCAGGCUUAAUGUGCACAUGUCUCAGUUUUAUACUAUGAUAUGAACCGUCCAUCGUCACUGCCCACAUAGAAUAUCAGACUGCCUAUUGUGAGGAGAUGGGCUGGGGAGAACAGGCUCUCAGCCCUUUGGGGUCCUACAGUGUAGACAAAUGGGCUUGAAAGGGGGCCCAUUUGUGCUCUGUGCCUUGGAAGGGGGCUUUUGAUGAAGAUAAGAUUCUAGAAAACAGGUGUCCACUGAUGGGUCCUGAUUGCCAAACUGACAGCUGGGGAAUACUUCUGAUGUGUGUAUUUUCAUAGAAAAAGAAGUUUGAAAAUUUCAGUGAAGGACAUGAGAGAGUACCCCAAACUGAGGGCAGAGCUACCUGCACCAAAUACACUUGUCUGACCAGGACUCAGAGGAGAAAAGGACACUCAUCUGAUCCUAAUAAUUUAAGAGUUUCACCAUAUGUUUACUCCAAGGUACACAGCUCUGGCCCACAGAAAGGAACCCUUGCUCUGGGCUUUUCUCACUAAACAUGUAAUGAUCUGAGAAUGGAAAUAUGUCUGUGCCAUCUGUGUCCUUAUGAGCUCACAGAAGUGUGUAUGUACACACUUGCAGAUGUGAUGAAUGAGAAAGUGAUUAUUCAGAGCCUUGUAUUUAGUUUAUGCCGUAAUAAAUUAUUCUGUACAAAA